AUGCCCUUAACCGGAGGCCCUUUGUUCGUUCCUGGGUUUUCGGACGGUCAAGACGGGCCCAUAGCACCCGCUGUACCUGAAAACCUGGGUGUUCAUCGACUGAAUCGAGAGGACGGGGAGAGGAUGUUUGAGCAGGAGAAGAUUGAGAGCUCUCUCGAUGAGAAUAUGGCAAAGAAUAAUCGAGAUAUAAAUAUACCAGGCAUCAAUCAUGUGACAAGCGGCCUCCAACUGGUUGGUUCCAGCCAUGGCCGUCGUCAUGUGCCAGCUGCAGCUUCUCUCCGCUUCUCCUCUCAACAACUCCUCAUCGUGGACCUCACUCCUCAACACACUUCGCUAGCAUUCUAG